GGUACGGUUUGCCAAUUUUAUCAACCAACUAGAAGCACGCAAGGUUUUUCUGUUGUCGGUCGGUUUUGGGUUGGCUGCUGCUGUGUGUAUAUCACUGCACCACCGCUACUCCUCACACCACGGUAACAAGAUGCCGCGGAAAAACAAACCGAUUAUUAAGCUCAAGCUCGGGGACGGUGACACCGGUGGCGGUAGUACGGUGCCGGACAGUGCCGAGGGUGCGACACCGCGCAACCUGGACAAGCGCGGUACGCUGACGGUGGGCGAACGAUCGUUCGUCGUCGAGGCGGAUCACCUGCGCAAACUGGCCGACCUCGGCCGGGGUGCGUACGGCAUUGUGGAGAAGAUGUUGCACCAACCGUCUGGCACGGUGAUGGCGGUCAAGCGCAUUACCGUCACGAGCGGUAUGGGUGCGGGCGGUGGCCCCGGGGGCGGUGUGCAGUCGCAGGAGCAGAAGCGUCUGCUGAUGGAUCUGGAUGUGUCAAUGAGGGCGAGCGACUGUCGACAUACAGUCCAGUUUUACGGUGCACUGUUUCGCGAGGGCGACGUAUGGAUCUGUAUGGAGGUGAUGGACACGAGCGUGGACAAGUUCUAUCCGGUGGUGUACAAACGUCCCGGUCGCACCAUCCCAGAGCGCAUACUCGGCCGGAUUGCGCUGGCAAUCGUGCGUGCCCUGCACUAUCUGCACACGGAACUGCGCGUCAUCCAUCGGGACGUGAAGCCCUCGAACGUGCUUAUGAACAGACGGGGCGAAGUAAAGAUGUGCGAUUUCGGCAUCUCUGGCUAUUUGGUGGAUUCGGUGGCAAAAACAAUCGAUGCCGGUUGCAAACCGUACAUGGCACCGGAACGUAUCGAUCCGGGGUCCGGUAGCCGCACGGCCGGUUACGACAUCAAGUCGGACGUAUGGUCGCUCGGCAUCACGAUGGUGGAGAUAGCGACUGGGCGCUUCCCGUACGCAACCUGGCGGACGCCGUUCGAGCAACUGAAGCAGGUUGUGAAGGACGAACCGCCCCGACUGCCAAAGUCGGCCGCCCCGGACUCGGAAGAGUUCAGUGCCGAGUUUCAUGCGUUCACCACCAGCUGCCUGCAGAAGAAGUACCAGCAGCGGGGCAAUUACGAGCAGUUGCUGGCGAUGGAGUUUCUGCAACGGUACGGUGCCGGUGACGAGCAGGCCGACACCAGUGAUAUGGCGGAGUACGUGUGUACGAUACUGGACGAGCGGGACGGUGUACCGGUGGCUGGUGACGGUGGCGGAGAACCGGCGGAUUGACUAGAUUGUAAAUAACGCAUGUUUGUUUAUUAUUAUUAUAAUUUUUUUGAAACUAUGAGUAAAGAUAGGGAAUCAGCAGUGUACAAAACGGUACACACCUACAAGCAAACAAAAAAAAAAAGAUAGAAAAACAAUGUGAAAACCAGUAACAAAAAAAUAUAAAUAUGUAACAAAUCGUGUGCGCGCGCGCGUGGGGUUAGUUUACACGCUCGAAAGCAGCGCGCCAAUAACGGAACGGAUGGUUUUUUUUUAAAUAUUGUUACUUAAUUUAAAGAAAAAUCACAAACACACAAAACCCUUUAACCUAACCUUUUUUACCAUUAACAAAUAAAUUUGUUGCCAACCGGGCAACGACAAACUCCACACCGAGAGAGAGAGAGCGAGCGUAAAAUGGGUUUGAUGUAAAAUUACAGCCCAAUAGUUUUGAGAGGGCAAUCGAAGGGCACAACGCGACUCAAAACAAAGCGAUUAAAUGGAAAAUUAAUUAUUUCCCCUUUUUUCGUUAGCCCUUUUUUGAACAUAAACACAUAUGUACCACACCGCGGCUGAGAUUGUUGAUACGUGAGUCACUCAAGACGUACACUUGUGUGCCAUAUGCCGUUCGGCAGGGUUUGCAAUACGCUGGAUUCUCUGGUCGUACCGAGGGAUUGCCUUCUGAAGUAGAAGAAGAGCAAGAAGCAAGGUUUUGAUAUACGCAUUGAUUUUUCUCAUUCUCUCUCACUCUCACUCUCUCUCUUGUUUCUUUUCGCCAACGGCGCUACAGUUGCAUAAUUGAGAUAAGCGUGAUGAUAUGCUGGAAGAUCGCAUAUGUAACUGACCUGCAGCUGUCGGGGUUUUAUUUUCAUGCGCGAUCUUGCACCUUGUUCUUGUUUGCCUAGAAAAGUGGCUCCAUUCAAAUAGAUUACAGGGUGCUGCAGCUAGGUUUUAACGACAUGUGAGCUAAUGUAAGCCAUAAAAUUCGCAAAAUUAUAGGCAAAAAUUGUAAGCUCCGGUUAUUUUUAUUUACCACCACUCCUCUAUUUAUUAGGAACAGGGUUGACAGGGUUUUGUGAGCAACUUGUUUUUUGGUGAAGGCAAAAACGGGCAAUUUCGCGCUGGUGAAGCAUUCGAACGGUUCGGUUUGCGUACACUUUCGCUUGAACGUGCCGUUGCAUUUUGCGGUUGUACUCAGUCGAAUAGGUGAGCUGGUGUGAGAAAAAAAAACACUUGCACCACUGUGCGAUGCACCAUUCAUGCUGGGAGAGGAGAGGAAGAAGAGGGUGUAUAUGCAUAUAAGGAAAUAUCCAUUUCAUUUUACAAUCGUUCAGUUGUUGCAACAACAUUCGAUUGGUGGCAGUUUUUUGAGUGCAUUUUAAAGACUCCGUAUGGAAGAAGGGGAAAA